UCUACGACUUUUAUGGUGAUGAUGAUGAUAGUAACUUGAAAGUCACAACCAAUCUUGCGUGAACUUUUGCGAGUUUGAUUUUUAAGAUAUCUCUUUUUUUUUUUUUUUAUGCUACUGUGUUUAAGUUUAAGCCUACUAAUAAGAAAAGGAAAGCAGCUGAGAAGUGUUGUAGAAACCGAGAGAGAAUUGGAAAUUUUGGAGGCUUCAGGGAAUUAAAGAUUGAUAAUUUAAGUGAUAAUCAUGGAGAGGUAUGAGAUUGUAAAAGAUAUUGGGUCUGGGAAUUUUGGUGUGGCCAAGCUGGUCAGAGACAAGUGGACAAAAGAGCUUUUUGCUGUUAAGUUCAUUGAAAGAGGCCAAAAGAUUGAUGAACAUGUGCAGAGGGAAAUCAUGAACCAUAGAUCAUUGAAGCAUCCUAAUAUUAUAAGAUUCAAAGAGGUCCUGUUGACUCCUACUCAUCUAGCCAUAGUCAUGGAAUAUGCUGCAGGGGGAGAACUAUUUGAGAGGAUAUGCAGUGCUGGUAGAUUUGGCGAGGAUGAGGCUAGGUUUUUCUUCCAGCAACUGAUAUCAGGGGUCAGUUACUGCCAUUCCAUGCAAAUUUGUCAUAGAGAUCUCAAGCUUGAAAAUACACUCUUGGACGGCAGCACAGCACCACGUGUUAAAAUUUGUGAUUUUGGGUACUCAAAGUCAUCUGUGUUCCACUCUCAACCAAAGUCUACUGUAGGGACCCCUGCAUACAUUGCACCUGAAGUCCUAUCUAAGAAGGAAUAUGAUGGGAAGAUUGCAGAUGUUUGGUCCUGUGGGGUCACCUUAUAUGUGAUGCUAGUUGGGGCAUAUCCGUUUGAAGAUCCUACUAAUCCAAAGGACUUUAGAAAGACUCUGGAGAGAAUACUCAGUGUCCACUACUCAUUUCCAGAUUAUGUCCGAGUUUCCAUGGAGUGUAGGCAUCUUCUAUCUAGAAUAUUUGUGGCAAACCCAGAGAAGAGAAUAACAAUUCCAGAAAUCAAAAACCAUCCAUGGUUCUUAACAAAUUUGCCCAUUGAACUGAUGGAAGGAGGAAGCUGGCAGAGCAACGAUGUAAAUAACCCAUCCCAGUGCAUGGAAGAAGUACUAUCAAUAGUACAAGAGGCUAGGAAACCAGUUGAAGCCUCCAGAAAUGAAGGACAUUUGCUUGGAACAAGCAUGGAUCUUGAUGAUUUAGAUACCGAUGAUCUUGACGAUAUCGAGACUAGUGGUGAUUUUGUGUGUGCAAUGUAAUCAAAGUGUACAAAAAUGUUGGUACUUCCCAGAGGCAUGGGUAUCACAAUUAGGAGCAUCAGAAUUUUGUUACUGAAUGGUUAAGAAAUCUCCAAUCCCAUGUAAAGUCCUUGUCUUACCAUCUGGGACAUUUAUGAUCUUUGUGAAUCAUACUUCUCUUACUUCAUAGAUAUUAAUAUACUAUCAAUCUGUUAAACCUAA